CACACACACACGCGGGCGACUUUAUUUGUUUUGGCUGGCGAUAACCUGCAGGACACUGCAGACUGAAGCACCGGCAUUCAUGGCAGUUUGACAGGCUUUUACGCAUUGAUCCAGCACAGCAGGAAGGAAGGUGAUGGCGAGCCGUAAAGACAGACGCAGGGAAACCCCAGUGGAGGAAAGCUAUGGAGAGAGCAGCAGCGUCCCCUGUCCUGGAGACACCCUACCCUGGAACCUGUCCAAACACCAGCGGGUCAAACGCUCCAAGUCAUCCUCAGGGGAAGUUCUGGAUCCAGCAGAGAGGGCUGUCAUUCGCAUCGCAGAUGAACGAGAUCGAGUACAGAAAAAGACCUUUACCAAAUGGGUCAACAAGCACCUGAUAAAGUCGCAGCGUCACGUCACAGACCUGUAUGAAGACCUUCGCGAUGGACAUAACCUGAUCUCGCUGUUGGAGGUCCUCUCCGGCGAAUCACUGCCCAGAGAGAAAGGCCGCAUGCGAUUCCACAAACUACAGAAUGUACAGAUCGCUCUGGACUUCCUCAAACACCGGCAGGUCAAGCUGGUCAACAUCAGAAACGAUGACAUAGCAGAUGGGAACCCCAAGCUGACCCUGGGGUUAAUAUGGACCAUCAUCCUCCAUUUCCAGAUCUCAGAUAUUCAGAUCAACGGCCUGUCAGAAGACAUGACGGCCAAGGAGAAGCUGCUGCUCUGGUCCCAGAGGAUGACGGACGGCUACCAGAACAUCCGCUGUGAUAACUUCACCACCAGCUGGAGGGACGGAAAGCUCUUCAACGCCGUCAUACACAAACACCAUCCCAGACUCAUUGACAUGGGCAGAGUGUACCAACAGACCAACCUGGAGAACCUGGAACAGGCCUUCCAUGUGGCAGAGAGAGACCUGGGAGUGACACGCCUAUUGGACCCGGAGGAUGUCGAUGUCCCACACCCUGAUGAGAAGUCCAUCAUCACUUACGUAUCAUCCCUGUAUGAUGUCAUGCCCCGGCUCGAUGUCCAUGAUGGCAGAGCUAAUGAGUUGGAGCUGCGCUGGCAGGAGUACUAUGAGCUGGUGACUCUUCUGCUCCAGUGGAUCCGCCACCAUGUCAUGAUCUUUGAGGAGAGGAAGUUCCCUGCCAGCUACGAGGAGAUCGAGCUUCUUUGGCGCCAGUUCUUGAAGUUCAAAGAGGCAGAGCUGCCAGUGAAAGAGACAGACAAGAGCCGGUCCAAACACAUCUACCAGUCCUUUGAGAGUGCCGUGCAUGCUGGUCAGGUGAAGGUCCCCCCAGGCUACCAUCCCAUUGAUGUGGAGAAGGAAUGGGGUCGACUUCAUGUGGCCAUCCUGGAAAGAGAACGGCUGCUCAGGAUAGAGUUUGAGAGACUCGAGAGGCUCCAGAGGAUUGUCAGUAAAGUCCAGAUGGAGUCAGGGUCGUGCGAUGGAAAACUCAGUCACCUGGAGACCCUGCUGCAGACGGACAUUCGUCUGCUGAAUGCAGGGAAACCACCUCAGCACACAGCAGAGCUGGAAACUGAGCUGGACAAGGCAGACAACAUGAUCCGCCUGCUCUUCAACGAUGUGCAGAUACUCAAGGAUGGGCGCCACCCUCAGGCUGAAGAGAUGUACCGCAGGAUUUACCGCCUCCAUGAGCGCCUGGUGAACUUGCGCACCGAUUACAACCUUCGCCUGAAGUCCUCCGGGACGACCAUCAAGUUUUCCCAGACGCAGGUCUCCCAGCAGUCCACCAUGAAAGGUCGGCCUGAGAAAGAUGAUGUAACCCUUCGCUAUGUCAAAGACCUCCUGGGCUGGGUGGAGGAGAACCAGCUUCGCAUCGAUGGAGCAGAGUGGGGCUCUGAUCUGCCCUCUGUGGAGUCCCAGCUGGGCAGCCACAGGGGCCUGCACCAAACGGUGGAGGACUUCCGCUCCAAGAUUGAACGGGCCAGGGCUGACGAGAGCCAGAUAUCUCCUGUCAGCAAGGGUUCGUACAGAGAUUACAUGGGCAAACUGGACCUUCAGUAUGGCAAACUACUGAACUCUUCCAAGUCCCGUCUCAGGAACUUGGAUUCACUCCACGUCUUCGUCAGCGCUGCCACUAAAGAGCUGAUGUGGUUAAACGACAAAGAAGAGGAGGAGGUCAACUUCGACUGGAGCGACAGGAACACCAACAUGACGGCUAAGAAAGACAACUACUCGGGUCUCAUGAGAGAGCUGGAGCUGAGGGAGAAGAAAGUCAAUGAUCUCCAGGUCAUGGGGGACAAACUGGUCAGGGAUGCACAUCCUGGCAAGAAGACCGUCGAGGCUUUCACAGCCGCCAUGCAGACUCAGUGGAGCUGGAUCCUCCAGCUGUGCUGCUGUAUUGAGGCUCAUCUCAAAGAAAACACAGCCUAUUACCAGUUCUUUGCUGAUGUGAAAGAGGCUCAGGACAAGAUGAAUAAAAUGCAAGAGAACAUGAAAAAGAAGUACAGCUGUGAUCGCUCCACCACGGCCACGCGCCUGGAGGAUCUGCUGCAGGAUGCUGUGGAGGAGAGAGAACAGCUGAAUGAAUUCAAGACCCUUGCGACCGGCCUGAACAAGAGAGCCAAGUCCAUCAUCCAGCUGAAACCACGCAACCCCACCAGCUCCAUCAAAGGCAAACUGCCCAUACAGGCUGUCUGUGACUUCAAGCAACAGGAGAUCACUGUCCAUAAAGGAGACGAGUGUGCGCUCCUCAACAACUCACAGCCUUUCAAGUGGAAGGUCCUGAACCACUCUGGACACGAGGCACUGGUGCCUUCCGUCUGCUUCAUGGUGCCUCCAGUCAACAAGGAUGCCAUGGACAGUGUGUCCAGUCUGGAUGCAGGUUAUCAGCAGAUGGUGUCUAUGUGGCAGACGCUCCAUAUAGACAUGAAGAGCUUGCUGUCAUGGCAGUAUCUGAUGAGAGACUUCACACAGAUACGCUCCUGGAACAUCACCAUGUUUAAAUCCAUGAAACCAGAGGAGUACAGGCUGUUGAUGAGGAACCUGGAGCUCCACUACCAGGACUACAUGCGUGAUAGCCAGGACUCGCAGCUCUUUGGCCCCGCAGACCGCAUGCAGGUCGAGGAAGACUACACCAAGUCCACCCAGCAUUUCGACAACCUGAUUCGCUCCAUGGAGAAAGGUCAACAGGAUGAGUCUCUGUGUAAGAACUACAUCUCUGAGAUCAAGGACCUGCGAGUGCGUAUAGAGGACUGUGAGGCUGGGACAGUGGCUCGCAUACGCAGACCCGUGGACAAGGAAGCUCUGAAAGAAUGUGUUCAGAAGACAACAGAGCAGCAGAAAGUCCAUGUGACGCUUGAUGGCCUAAAGAAGGACCUUGGUAAGGUAUCUGUGAAGACACAGGAGGUGUUGGCCUCCCCUCAGCAGUCUGCGUCAGCUCCUGUCCUGCGCUCAGAGCUUGACCUCACUGUGCAGAAGAUGGAUCAUACCUACAUGCUCUCCUCGGUUUAUCUCGAGAAGCUGAAGACUGUGGAAAUGGUCAUCCGUAACACUCAGGGUGCUGAGGGAGUUCUCAAGCAGUACGAGGAGUGUCUGCGCGAUGUUCACACCGUGCCCAGCGAUGUCAAGGAAGUGGAGACUUACAGAACAACGCUUAAGAAAAUGCGAGCUGAGGCAGAAGGUGAACAGCCAGUGUUUGAUUCUCUGGAAGAAGAGCUUAAGAAGGCAACUGCAGUGAGCGACAAGAUGUCGCGUGUGCACAGCGAGCGUGACACGGAGCUGGACCACUUCCGCCAGCUCCGGUCUAGUCUCCAGGACCGCUGGAGGGCCGUGUUCGCCCAGAUGGACAUUCGCCAGAGAGAGCUAGAGCAGCUCGGCCGCCAGCUAGGCUACUAUCGUGAGAGCUAUGAUUGGCUGAUCUGCUGGAUUUCUGACGCCAAGCAAAGGCAGGAGAAGAUCCAGGCGGUGACCAUCAAUGACAGCAAAACUCUAAAAGAACAACUGGCCCAAGAGAAGAAACUGCUGGAGGAGAUUGAGAAUAACAAAGACAAAGUUGAUGAGUGUCAAAAAUAUGCUAAAGGAUACAUUGACACUAUUAAGGACUAUGAACUCCAGUUGGUCGCCUACAAAGCUCAGGUGGAUCCUCUUGCUUCUCCCUUGAAGAAAUCCAAACUGGAUUCUGCUUCUGACAACAUCAUUCAGGAGUAUGUAACACUGAGGACCCGGUAUAGUGAGCUGAUGACUCUGACUAGUCAGUACAUCAAGUUCAUCACCGACACACAGCGCCGCCUGGAGGACGAGGAGAAAACUGCAGAGAAACUCAAAGCGGAAGAGCAGAAAAAAAUGGCCGAGAUGCAGGCUGAGUUAGACAAACAAAAGCAGUUAGCUGCUGCUCACGCAAAGGCCAUUGCCAAAGCUGAGAAAGAGGCUCAAGAGCUGAAGCUCAGAAUGCAGGAAGAAGUAAGCAAGAGAGAGGUUGCUGCCGUUGAUGCAGAAAAGCAAAAGCACAACAUCCAGCUGGAACUGCAGGAGCUCAAAAACCUCUCCGAGCAAGAGAUCAAGAACAAAUGUCAACAGGUGGACGAGGCUCUUUACAGCAGGACCAAGAUUGAGGAGGAAAUCCAUAUCAUCAGGAUCCAACUUGAGACGACAUUAAAACAAAAGUCUACCGCCGAAUCUGAGCUCCAGGAACUUCGUAACAGAGCAGCUGAAGCUGAGAGACUCCGAAAGGCCGCCCAGGAAGAAGCUGAGAAGCUCCACAAACAAGUCAAUGAAGAGACCCAGAAAAAGCGCAUGGCAGAGGAAGAACUCAAACGCAAAUCUCAGGCAGAGAAAGAAGCUGCUAAGCAAAAGCAAAAAGCUCUGGAAGACCUUGAAAACCUCAAGAUGCAGGCCGAGGAGGCUGAAAGGCAAGUGAAGCAAGCGGAGUUAGAAAAGGAGAGGCAAAUCAAGGUUGCUCAAGUGGCAGCCCAGAAGAGUGCCGCGGCUGAGCUCCAGAGCAAACACAUCUCCUUUGCAGAAAAGACCUCAAAGUUGGAAGAAUCCCUCAAACAAGAGCAUGGUGCUGUCCUUCAGCUGCAACAAGAAGCAGAACAUCUCAAGAAACAACAGGAGGAUGCUAUAAAAGCCAGAGAAGAGGCAGAAAAAGAGCUUGAGAAAUGGAGGCAAAAAGCUAAUGAGGCCCUCCGUCUUAGACUCCAGGCUGAGGAAGAAGCCCACAAAAAGAGCCUUGCUCAAGAAGAAGCUGAGAAACAAAAGGAGGAGGCUGAGCGUGAGGCUAAAAAGAGAGCCAAGGCUGAAGACUCAGCUCUGAAGCAAAAAGAUAUGGCCGAGAAAGAACUUGAGCGGCAAAGAAGGGUAGCUGAGAGCACGGCUCAACAGAAACUCACUGCCGAACAGGAACUGAUUCGACUUAGGGCAGACUUUGACAACGCAGAACAGCAGAGAUCUCUCCUUGAAGAUGAACUUUAUCGCCUGAAGAAUGAAGUCAUUGCAGCGGAACAACAACGGAAACAGCUGGAGGAUGAGCUGGCCAAAGUGAGGAGUGAAAUGGAUAUACUCAUUCAGCUUAAGUCCAAGGCAGAAAAGGAGACCAUGUCCAACACAGAGAAGAGCAAACAACUUCUUGAGGCUGAAGCUGCCAGGAUGAGAGACGUGGCUGAGGAAGCAAGCAAGCUUAGAGCCAUCGCAGAGGAGGCCAAGCAUCAGAGGCAAGUUGCUGAGGAAGAGGCAGCUCGCCAGAGAGCAGAGGCUGAGAGGAUUCUCAAAGAGAAGCUGGCUGCAAUCAGCGAAGCCACUCGUUUAAAAACAGAGGCUGAAAUUGCCUUGAAAGAGAAGGAGGCAGAAAACGAAAGACUCCGCCGGCAAGCUGAGGACGAUGCUUACCAGAGAAAAGCUCUUGAAGAUCAGGCCAACCAACACAAGCUAGAGAUUGAUGAAAAGAUCCUCCUACUCAAAAAAUCAUCUGAGGCGGAAAUGGAAAGACAAAAGGCAAUAGUGGAUGACACACUGAAACAGAGGCGAGUUGUCGAAGAAGAAAUCCGAAUUCUUAAGCUCAACUUUGAAAAGGCUUCAUCUGGAAAACUUGAUCUGGAGUUAGAACUGAACAAACUGAAAAACAUUGCAGAGGAAACUCAACAAAGCAAACUUAGGGCAGAGGAGGAGGCAGAAAAACAAAGAAAGCUUGCCCUUGAGGAGCAGAAGAAGAGGAGGGAUGCAGAGGACAAGGUUAAGAAGAUCACUGCUGCAGAGGAAGAGGCAGCCAGACAACGCAAGGUCGCCCAAGAAGAGCUUGAUCGUCUGAAAAAGAAAGCAGAAGAGGCCCAAAAGCAGAAAGAAGAGGCUGACAUCGAAGCAGAAAAACAGAUUGUUGCAGCACAACAAGCAGCCCUGAAAUGCAGUACCGCUGAGCACCAAGUCCAAAGUGUCCUCGCCCAACAGAAGGAAGACAGCAUCAUGCAGAAGAAGCUUAAGGAAGAGUACGAGAAAGCCAAGAAGCUUGCCAAAGAGGCAGAGGCUGCUAAGGAGAAGGCAGAGAGGGAGGCAGCUCUCCUUCGUCAACAAGCAGAGGAAGCAGAACGGCAAAGGGCAGCUGCUGAGCAAGAAGCUGCAAUCCAAGCCAAAGCUCAGGAGGAUGCCGUGAGGUUGCGGAAGGAUGCUGAAUUUGAAGCUGCUAAACGAGCACAAGCAGAAAUUUCAGCCCUCAAGCAGAAGGAACAGGCCGAUGCCGACAUGGCAAAGCACAAAAAACUGGCAGAGCAAACACUGAAACAGAAGUUCCAAGUGGAGCAAGAGCUCACAAAGGUCAAACUGAAGCUUGAUGAUACCGAUAAACAGAAAUCUCUCCUGGAUGAAGAGCUGCAGCGCUUGAAGGAUGAGGUUGAUGAUGCUGUCAGACAAAGGGGCCAGGUGGAGGAGGAGCUGUUCAAAGUCAAGGUUCAGAUGGAGGAGCUACUCAAACUGAAAAUCAGAAUUGAGGAAGAAAAUCAACGCCUCAUCAAGAAAGACAAAGACAACACACAGAAAUUCCUCGCCGAGGAGGCUGAAAAUAUGAAAAGGCUCGCAGAGGAUGCUGCAAGACUUAGUGUAGAAUCCCAAGAGGCUGCACGCUUGAGACAGAUUGCAGAAGACGACCUCAAUCAUCAACGAGCUCUUGCAGAUAAAAUGCUUAAAGAGAAAAUGCAGGCCAUACAAGAGGCAUCUAGGCUUAAAGCAGAGGCAGAAUUGCUCCAAAGACAGAAGGACUUGGCUCAGGAGCAGGCACAAAAGCUGCUGGAGGAUAAACAACUAAUGCAACGGCGUCUGGAAGAGGAAACUGAGGAAUACCAGAAGUCACUUGAAGCAGAGAGGAAAAGGCAAUUGGAGAUCAUAGCCGAAUCCGAAAAACUCAAACUUCAGGUUUCACAGCUCAGUGAAGCCCAGGUCAAAGCUGAGGAGGAGGCAAAAAAAUUCAAGAAACAAGCUGAUAACAUUGCUGCCCGUCUUCAUGAGACUGAAAUAGCCACCAAAGAAAAAAUUACUGUAGUGGAAAAACUGGAAUACGAGAGACUCAAUACCAGCAAAGAGGCUAGCGAUUUACGCAACGCAAUCGCAGACCUUGAGAAGGAGAAGUCUAGACUGAAAAAGGAGGCAGCAGAACUUCAAAAUAAGUCUAAAGAGAUGGCUGAUGCACAGCAGAAACAAAUCGAACAUGAGAAGACAGUGCUCCAGCAGACAUUCCUGACAGAAAAGGAGAUGCUUUUGAAGAAGGAGAAGCUAAUUGAAGAUGAGAAAAAGAAGCUAGAGAGUCAGUUUGAUGAGGAAGUCAAAAAGGCCAAAGCUCUCAAAGAUGAACAGGAACGCCAGAGACAACAGAUGGAGGAGGAGAAGAAGAAACUCUACGCUACUAUGGAUGCAGCCCUCAAUAAACAAAAAGAGGCUGAGAAAGAAAUGCUUAACAAACAAAAAGAAAUGCAGGAACUGGAGAAGAAGAGACUCGACCAGGAAAGGAUACUCGCAGAAGAGAACCAGAAAUUGCGCGACAAGCUGCAGCAGCUUGAGGAAGCACAAAAAGAAGUCCCUGACAAAGAGCAAAUCCAUGUUACAAUGGUUGAGACAACAAAGAAGGUUUAUAAUGGUCAAACUGCCGGUGAUACGGAAGCCAGUGCGGACAAGAGACCAGAUCCCUUGGCUUUUGAUGGCAUCCGUGAUAAGGUACCUGCAAGCAGACUUCAUGCUGUGGGCCUUUUAUCCAAGAAGGAGUUUGACAAGCUAAAAAAAGGCAAGACCACUGUUCAAGAGCUUGGGGAGACUGACAAACUGAAACAAAUUCUUAAAGGAAAGAACUGCAUUGCUGGUGUUUUGACUCCAUCUAAUCAAAAGAUGUCAAUCUAUGAAGCAUCAAAAGACAAGAAGAUUACUCCAGGCACAGCCAUAAUCCUUCUUGAAGCCCAAGCAGCCACAGGUUACAUUGUAGACCCAAUUAAGAACCAGAAACUUUCUGUUAAUGAGGCUGUCAAGGAAGGCUUGAUUGGCCCUGAACUGCACAACAAAAUGCUUUCAGCAGAGAGGGCAGUUGUUGGCUACAAAGAUCCAUACACUGGUGGGAAGACCUCUGUCUUUGAAGCUAUGAAGAAGGGUCUGAUAGAACAUGAUCAUGCCAUCAGAGUCCUUGAGGCGCAGCUUGCAACUGGUGGCAUUGUCGACCCAAUCAAUAGUCACCGUGUACCCAAUGAAACAGCCUACCAAGAGGGCCUAUAUGAUGUUGAAAUGAACAGGAUUAUGGAAAAACCUUCAGAUGACACAAAGGGAUACUUUGACCCCAGCACUCAGGAACCUUUGACAUAUUCUGAGCUGAUGGCAAGAUGUACCACUGACCCUGAAACCGGUCUGCUUCUCCUGCCAAUCACAGACAAAGCUGCUCAGUGCUCAAGUAUAUACACAGAGGAGGAGACCAAGGAUGUGUUCAGCAAAACAACUGUGUCUGUGCCAUUUGGACGAUUCAAGGGAAAGACUGUCACCAUUUGGGAAAUAAUCAAUUCUGAGUACUUCACUGACGACCAAAAGAAGGACCUUCUCCGUCAAUACAAGACAGGCAAAAUCACAAUCGAAAAAAUCAUUAAGAUUGUGAUUACUGUGGCAGAGGAAAAAGAAAAGAAGAAUGAGAUUACCUUUGAUGGUCUGAGAGCACCUGUCCCUGCCACAGAACUCCUGGAAUCCAAAAUCAUUGAUAAAGACAUAUACAACAAAUUGCACAAGGGCAAUAAGACGGUCAAAGAGGUGUCUGAAAUAGAGCCUGUCCACAAAGCACUGAAGGGAACAAACUGCAUUGCAGGUGUGGUUAUCGAUUCAUCCAAGGAGACAAUGUCCUUCUAUCAAGCUAUGAAGAAAGACAUGAUGAGAGCAGGGCCUGCUUUGAAUAUGCUGGAAGCCCAAGCAGGAACAGGCUAUGUGGUUGACCCUGUUCAUAAUCAGAAGUACACUGUUGAUGAAGCUGUCAAAGCAGGUGUUGUGGGUCCUGAGCUGCAUGAAAAACUGCUGUCUGCAGAGCGAGCUGUUACAGGUUACAAAGAUCCUUACACUGGACAGACUGUAUCUCUGUUCCAGGCAAUGAAAAAAGAUCUCAUACCUAGAGAACAAGGAAUCCGUCUGCUUGAUGCCCAAAUGACCACCGGCGGCAUCAUUGAUCCAGUAAAUAGCUAUCACAUUCCUCAUGAUGUGGCCUGCAAGAGAAACUAUUUUGAUGAUGAAAUCAAACAGAUUCUUAACAGUCCCACUGAUGAAACUAAAUGCUUCUUAGACCCCAACACAAAAGAAAAUGUCACAUACUCACAGCUUUUUAAGAGAUGUGUCACUGACAAGAAAACUGGUCUCCAGCUUCUGCCUCUUUCUGACGAAGCAAUCAAUGCAAAAGAGGAGCCAGCAUACAAUGAUGCCCAGACAAAGGAGGCUAUGACUCAGGCAACUGUGGAACUUGACUCUGGACCAUUUAAGGGCAGGAAGAUGACCAUCUGGGAAAUCAUCAACUCUGAAUAUCUCACAGAAGAACAACGGCUUGACCUGCUCAGACAGUUUAGGUCAGGAAAGAUUACAAUUGAAAAGAUAAUCAAGAUUGUCAUCACAUUUGUAAAUGAGAAAGAGGCCAAGAAACAAGAACAGUCCAGCUUCAAGGGACUCAGAGCUCCUGUCCCUGCAAGCUCUCUGUAUGAUUCCAAAAUCAUUGACAAACCAACCUUUGACCUCCUUCAACAAGGCAAAACAACACCUAGAGAAGUCAGUCAGAAUCCAAAUGUCAAUAAAUACCUCCAGGGCUCUGAUAGCAUUGCUGGAAUCUACCUGGAGCCGACCAAAGAGAAAAUCAGCAUUUAUCAGGCUAUGAAGAAAAAACUCCUCAGACACAACACAGGUCUUUCACUUCUUGAGGCCCAGGCUGCCACUGGGUUCCUUGUAGAUCCAGUGAGGAACCAGUGCCUGACAGUAGAUGAGGCAGUGAAGUCAGGUCUUGUUGGUCCAGAGCUACAUGAAAAACUUCUCUCUGCAGAAAAAGCUGUUACUGGCUAUAAAGAUCCAUUCACAGGCAACAAAAUCUCCCUCUUUGAAGCAGUGCAAAAAGAUCUCAUCCUGAAAGAACAUGCCAUGCCACUGAUAGAGGCACAGAUGGUUAGUGGAGGAAUCAUUGACCCUGUAAACAGCCACCGUGUCCCAACUGAUGUUGCAUAUCAGAAGAACAUUUUCAGUAAAGAAAUGGCCAAGACCCUAUCUGAACCAUCUGAUGAUAACAAGGCUUUCUCAGACCCAGAAACCGAUGUUAAUGUUACCUACAGACAGCUUAAAGACAAGUGCCAAAAAGAUCCAGAGACAGGCCUAUAUAUCCUUCCACUCUCCAAACCUCAGUCUCCAACUGUUGUGGAAAAGACAUACCUUUACACAGAGGAACAGACACAAAGUGACCUGACCAGCACACAGAUUGACAUUCCAAUCGAGGGGCUUGCUGAUAAACCAGUGAACCUUUGGGAAAUCAUGAACUCAAAUUUGCUUCCCGAGCAAGAGAGGCAGAAGCUCAUGGAUGAAUAUCGCUCUGGUAAAAUCACAAAAGAGCGGAUGAUCAUCAUCAUUAUUGAGAUCAUGGAGCAGAGAGAGAUCAUUAGAAAUGAUAGUCCACUGUCAUAUAAGACUAUAAGGAGAAGGAUAACUAUUGAGGAGCUCUACAGUGCCCGCAUAAUUGACCUAGAGACGUACAACCUCCUUAAACAGGGCAAGAGGAACAUCCGUGACAUAAUGGAGAUGACCAGUGUGAAACAGUAUCUCUAUGGCACAGGCUGUGUUGCUGGGGUCACAACAGACUCAAGCUCCAAGAUAAGCAUAUACCAAGCAAUGAAGAGAGGAUUUAUUAAACCUGAACUAGCCCUCAGCCUCCUAGAAGCACAAGCUGCUACAGGAUUCAUUGUCGAUCCAGUUAAAAAUGAAACACUGACGGUUGACGAAGCUGUUCGUAAGGGUGUUGUCGGCCCUGAGAUCCAUGAUAAACUUCUGUCAGCUGAAAGAGCAGUCACAGGAUACAAAGAUCCAUACAGUGGGAAAACCAUAUCUCUCUUCCAGGCCAUGAAAAAGGAUCUUGUUCCAGAGGAUUAUGCUCUGAAAAUGUUAGAGGCACAAACUGCCACCGGUGGUAUUAUUGAUCCUGAAUUCCAGUUCCACCUGCCAGCCGACAUUGCCAUGCAAAGAGGUUACAUCAACAAGGAAACCAACGAGAGGCUGACUGACAAAGUUAAAGGAUUUACUGACCCUGUCACCAACGAGGACCUGUCAUAUGCACAGCUGCUCAAGAGAUGCAAGUUAGACGGUGGGUUGCGCCUACUCUCCCUGGGAGACAAGAGGCUGAUGUUCAAAGGUCUGAGGAAAGAGAUCACAAUGGAGGAGCUGAUCCGCUCACAAAUUAUUGACCAGAAGACUGUCACUGAACUGAAUGAAGGUCUUAUUUCAAUGGAGGAGGUUAGCAAGAAUCUAUCAAGGUACCUUGAAGGCACAAGCUGUAUUGCUGGUGUAUUCUUAGAGUCCACAAAUGAGCGUCUAUCAAUUUACCAGGCCAUGAAGAAGAACAUGAUUAGGCCAGGCACAGCAUUUGAACUCCUUGAGGCACAGGCAUCCACAGGAUAUGUCAUUGAUCCCAUCAAAAACCUCAAACUGACGGUCAAUGAAGCAGUGAGAAUGGGAAUUGUAGGACCUGAAUUCAAAGACAAGCUCCUCUCUGCAGAACGUGCAGUGACAGGAUAUAGAGAUCCUUAUUCAGGCAAGACAAUCUCCCUGUUCCAGGCCAUGAAAAAGGGGCUCAUCUUGAAAGAUCAUGGUAUCCGUCUCCUGGAAGCCCAGAUUGCCACUGGUGGAAUCAUUGACCCAGAGGAAAGUCACCGCCUGCCAGUUGAGGUGGCCUACAAACGUGGCUUCUUUGAUGAGGAAAUGAAUGAGAUCUUGACAGAUCCAUCUGAUGACACUAAAGGCUUCUUUGAUCCCAACACUGAGGAAAAUCUAACCUAUCUCCAGCUCAUGGAGAGGUGCAUCACCGAUCCUGACACUGGCCUGGUGCUCCUGCUACUGAAAGAAAAGAAGCGGGAAAGUAAGACCUCCUCCAAAUCCUCAGUUCGUAAACGCAGAGUUGUCAUCGUAGACCCUGAGAGUGGCAAAGAAAUGACUGUGUAUGAGGCCUACAGGAAGGGACUCAUCGACCACCAAACAUACCUAGAGCUUGCUGAGCAGGAGUGUGAAUGGGAAGAGAUCACAAUAACCUCCUCUGAUGGUACUGUCAAAUCCAUUAUCAUUGACAGGAGGUCAGGGAGACAGUAUGAUGUUCAUGAUGCUCUUUCACGUGGCCUCAUUGACCAGACUGCCCUUGAUACAUACCGAUCUGGAAACCUAUCCAUCACAGAAUUUGCUGACAUGCUUUCUGGAAGCAUGGGAGGCUUCCGCUCACGCUCAUCCUCCUUUGGUUCCACUACUGGCUCCACCUACUCCUCUCCCAUGAGCCCCAUACCCUCCAUUAAACCACCUGCAGUCAUAUGGAAUGACCCAGCAGAGGAGACUGGCCCCAUAGCUGGAAUAUUGGACAUAGACACACUGGAGAAGGUGUCUAUCACUGAGGCCAUACACAGAAACCUGGUAGACAACAUCACUGGCCAAAGAUUGUUGGAGGCCCAAGCCUGCACAGGAGGAAUAAUUGACCCCACAACUGGAGAGAGAUUCACAGUCAUUGACGCUACAGAAAAAGGCCUUGUGGAUAAAACCGUGGUUGAUCGCCUCACCCUGGCUCAAAAAGCAUUCAAUGGAUUUGAAGACCCAAGAACUAAAGUAAAGAUGUCCGCAUCCCAGGCACUAAAGAAAGGCUGGUUGUAUUAUGAGGCUGGGCAGCGUUUCCUUGAGGUCCAAUAUUUGACUGGUGGACUUAUUGAGCCUGAUGUCGAGAGCAGAGUGUCACUAGAUGAAUCUAUCAAGAAGGGCACAAUCGAUGCCCGCACUGCCCAGAAACUGAGAGAUGUCGGUUCUUAUUCUAAAUACAUAACGUGUCCAAAAACCAAACUCAAAAUCUCCUAUAAAGAUGUCAUGGACAAAAGCAUGGUCGAGGAAGGAUCUGGCCUAAGGCUUCUGGAGGCCUCCUCACAAUCCAGCAAAGGCCUCUACAGUCCCUACAAUGUCAGUAACCCUGGAUCUGCCUAUGGCUCCCGGACUGGCUCAAGGACCGGAUCCCGAACAGGCUCCAGGAGAGGCAGCAUUGAUGCUGGCUCUGGCUUCAGCAUGAACUUCUCAUCCUCCUCCUUCACAGCCUCUUCAACUGGCUACAGCCGCAGAUUCCCACUAGGUUUAAUGGAGGAGCCUGCCAACAGAAGAAACGGGGCAUUCACCUCCCAGAAUUCUUCACUCAGCUCCCUUGACUACUCUGAUCUGACCCUUUCCCUCCCAGCUCUCCCUGCAGAGGCUGUAAACAGGGAGGAUCAAGGAAGUGCUUUGUUUGAAUCACCAACACCUACAUCACAGGAUCAGAGAUAUGGGAGGGAUGUGGAGGACUUGAGUCAAUGGCAGUGUGAGUUCAGGGGUCAAAUCAUAGCACUGAGACAGUGGCUGAAGAGCAUGGAGAUGCGGCUGCCUCCUCUGGACCCCAGGAGGAUUAUGGGUAACCUCAUCAGCCGGCCCAGCUGCCUGGGCCAGAAGUCCAAGCAUGUAAGGUCAGACGAGGACUUCCUGAAGGAGUGCUACCAACGACGAAGAGAGUGGCAGCCCCCGGAGCAACAUGGGGAGGCCAAACCAGACGUUGCUGUCCACAACAAAGCAAGCGAGGAUGCAAACAAGGAAGGAGAGGUGGAGAGAGACAAGGAGGCACAGGAAAAUGAUCAUAAGAGGGAGGAGGGAGCUUAUACUCCUAUUUCAGACAAACCCCUCCGCAGCUCUCCUGCAUCCACAAUCAGGAGCACCAGUACUCUGGAUAAUGCCUGGCACAACAGCCCUUCCCCGAUAAAAACAUCCCGAAAUGGGACACUAACAAGGAGAACAGUACCUCCAGAGUUUACCAGAUCCCCCUUGGCUCACCCGGACAUGAGCGCAGCAGAGAGGAGGGCCAGCUUCCAUAGGAGAGACUCCAGAGAAGGAAGCCCCUGGUCCUGGAAGACUCUGGGAUCACGUGAGGUUACAGAGGUGACGGAGGUGACGGAAACAACUGUAACGGAAAUUGUGGAAGUGACAGAGUAUCCGUCUGGAGAUAAAGGAGGGGACCCCGUAGUCACCAGAACUGUUAGAAUCCUGAAUGGGGUCGCCGAGGAACUCGCUGAGCUCCAAAGUGAUGGACACUCAAGCUCAGACCAGGAUUCCAGCCUGGAUAGAUGGAGGGGAACAAGAUCUGCCUUGGCACUGAGGGAUGUGUCUACAGAUUCUGAGACAUUUCUCCAAAACCUGGAAGCUUUGCUCACAUGGGUCAGUGAGAUAGAGGAGCUCACAGCCAAUCAGAAACCCCCAUCCUCAGAGGUCAAAGUAGUGAAAGCACAGCUCCAAGAACAAAAGCUCCUGCAGCGCCUCCUAACAGACCGAAGGCGUAGUAUGGACUCCUUGUUUUAUGAGGGCCCUCGGCUUCUGGAGGCCCACCCAGGACAGGAAGGGGAGCAGGAAAAGGUCAAGCUCUCCACUCUCAAACAGAAGUGGGAUGCCUUACAGCUGGGGGCAGAGCAAAGGAGAGGGAGUCUGGAGCUUAUUCUGCCCAGGGCCCAGCUCUUCCAGGAAGGAGUAGACAGCUUGCAGCAGUGGCUCAUAUCUGUGGAACAGACCCUAGCUGAACUACGGAAUGCAGAGAGAGUGAUGCUGCAUCUCUCAGAGGCUACAGAUAGGGCCAAGGCCGUUGUUGAGGAGAUUCAAGUCAAAACAGCUGAGCUAGGGAAAAUACAAAAGUCAGGACAUGAUCUGAUGGAGGCAAUUUCAGAGGAUGAAUCUCAGCUGGUGCAGGAGAAGAUGGAUGCUCUGCGUAUCCGUUGCUCUGUGCUGAGUCUAAGCAGUCUGGACGUGCUGCAGAGGCUGGAGCAGGCCCUGGAGGCCUCCAGUCGCUGCACCUCCAGCCAGGAGGACCUCCAUUUGUGGCUGGGCCGCAUCGAGAGGGAGCUACUGGGGGCAGCAGGAGCGCAGACACAUGCUGGAGAUGCAGUACUAUGUGCAGCUGAGAGACAGAGGCUGGAACAGGCAGUGGUGAAAGAGAUGGCUUGGUUCAGAAACACAGCGCUGAGUCUUGAAAAGCUGAAAACCAUUCAUCUGGAUCCAAAACUCAUAGCAGAACAACUCUAUGAACAGAAGAUUUUGGCAGUGGAGAUUCUCCAACACAGGUUCAACAUUGAGAAGAUGGUGAAGAUCGCUGAAAUCUUGCUGACAUACAGUGAUGAAGGAGAAACAGUCGAUUUGCAGACCCCACUAGAGGCCUUACAGGAACAAUGCAACACCACCUCUGCCACCAAUUCCCAUGUGGUCCUGCAGCUUGAGCAUGCUCAGUCGCUUCUUCUCCAGUUCUCAGAGGGCCUCGCUGAGGUUUCGCCCUGGCUUGAAGAAACUCAAACCCUAAUUGGCCAGCUCUCCCUCAGCACAAUUAGCUAUGAGGCAUUUCGGGAACAACAGGACCUCUUACAGGGUCUGAGGGAGUCUAUAGCAGAACACAGACCCUUGAUUGCACGCUUAUGCUCUCUGGCAAAACGCUUGUCAGAACUGAACCCCAUUCAGGGGGAUGAGUUCUGUCGAAAGGCUUCAGAGACCGAGGAGCAGCAUAGAGCCAUCAGAGACCGGGUCAGAGAGACUGCUAAUCUACUUGAGGAGUCAUUGCCUCGAUUCACUCAGCUGAACGAGAGGAUGAUCCUUAUCAGAGAGAGUCUUGACCGCCUGCACAGUCGAUUACAGACCCCCACCUCUCUUCAAGGCCUCACCCCAAGAAUCCAGGAGCAGCUGCAGGACAACAAGCACACCCUGGCCGAGCUAUCCAAGCUGAUGCUGGGCCUUAGCAGUGUCAAAACACAGGCAGAUGAACUGCUGGCUAACACGCAGGCAGCUGGCGAUGGAUCUGUCGGCACAGCAAUCCAGGAGCGAGUGUCCGGUCUGUCCCAGCUGUGGGAUGAGACACAUACUCAGGCCCAGGACAGGGAAAGCUGGCUGCUCAAACUGUUGGAUCUUGCCUUGAAGUUCUGGAGCGAUGUCAGCGAUGUCACGGCUGCUCUCAAUGAUGCUCAGCAGGCAGUUUUGGAUCUCAAUGCUAGUCGGACAGAUUCCGAAACAAUCCGCCAGAGCCUUGAAACCAUGCAGACUCUCAGGGAGGAUAUUGAUAGUUUACAGGGAGAUCUGGACACCCUUGGCGUUUUGGGAAUGGAUCUGAUGUCAGCAUGUGGCGAUACAGACAAACCAGAUGUCACAAAGAGCCUGGAUGAACUUUAUUGCACGUGGAACAACUUGAGUAAACUGUGGAGCGAAUGUCACAAAAAGUUGGAGGAGUCCUUGCAGUUGGCACUACAUUAUCAAGACACUAUGCAGGGUCUUUUCGAGUGGUUGAAGUCAGCUGAGCUGAGGUCUACUGAAGAGUUCAUGGUAGGAACUGACCUGGAAUCCGUCAAAGAGCAGCUACGUGAUCUCAAGGAAUUUAAGCGAGAACUUUACCAGAAGAAAAUUGAGAUUGAAAGCCUGAACCAUCGCUUUGUGUGCCGGCUGUCUCCCGGCUCGGAGCGCCCAGGCUCCGUCUCACCGCUGUGUGACUUCAGACAGCGCUGGGACAGCUUGGAGUCCGAGACUGUCAGCAGACAGCAUCAGCUGGAGUGUGCUCUGCUGGGUCUGGGUCAGUUCCAAAACACGCUGGACGAGCUGCACACAUGGCUUUCCUGGACUGCUAAGCAACUGCAGGGCAGCCGGCCAAUCAGCAUCGACCUGCAGGCCUGUGAAAUAGAGCUGGCCAAACACAAGGUCUUGCGUAAUGAUGUCAUGUCCCAUGUUCGCACGAUGGAGUCCCUGAACCAGGCAGGCAGGGGGCUGCUGGAGGUUGGGUCCGGGGACAGCCCGCAUGGUCUGCAGUCUCGGCUGGAGCAACUCAAUGACAGCUGGGAGUUCGUCCGCUGUGAGACUGAACGCAGGCAGCUGGAGUUAGAGAACAGACUGAGUCAGGUACAAGAUGUUACGAUGGAGAUUCAGGAUCUCCUGCAGUGGCUGGAGAACACAGACCUGAGACUGUCCUCCUCUAAAACCAUGUGGGGUAUGCCGGACUCUGCCAGUGAGAGACUCAAUGCACAUUUGGAGUUGUGUAAUGAGAUGGAGUCAAAGCUUCACGCCUUCACGGAUGUGAAGAACGCCAUCCUCAGGAUGCUGGAGAGCAGCGACGUUGUGCGGGGAUCGAGCACCGAGCACAGCUUAUCUAUUCUUGAACAGAAAUGGGCGUCUGUUUACAGCAAAGUCCAGGAGCGAAAGGCGAGGCUUACAGAAGGAUUGAGUCUGGCCAAGGAGUUCCACAGUAACGUCCAGGAACUUCUCACUAAGAUGAGCAAGUGUGAGGAGUCCAUCGGACUUUUUCCUGCUCCCAGCUUUGUUCUGGACAAAGUUUGUACUCAACUGCAGGACCACAGAACACUGGUGAAUGAGGUGAACGGUUACGGUGAGAAGAAGACCACAGUGGAGAGCACAGCCCGCAGACUAAUAGAACUGAGCCGGAAGGAAGACUGUGAUGUCAUUCAUAACCUAAUCAUGACUGUCCAGGAUCGCCACAAAAAGCUACAGCAGCGUGCUUCAGAAAGAGGCAGGGCGCUGGAGGAGGUCAAAAAGACUGCCAAACAGUUUAAUGAAUCGUGGCGCCUGCUGUUGGACUGGAUGACGGAGGUAGAACAGACAUUAGACACACAUAAAGAGAUUGCUGUGUCUCACGAGGAGAUUAAACAGCAACUGACUGAACAGAAGGAGUUCCAGAAGCUGCUGAGGUCGAAGAGGCCCAUGUAUGAAGCUACACUGAAGAGUGGACGCAGCCUUCACGAAAGAGCUCAAACCAGCCCCGAUAGACAGCACGUGGAAAAUCUACUGGCUGAGCUCAAAGACACAUGGGACACCAUCAGUGGCAAGUCUAUGGAGAGACAACACAAGCUGGAGGAAGCGCUGCUGUUCUCAGGGAGAUUCACCGAUGCUCUCCAGGCACUGAAUGACUGGCUGUAUAGAGCGGAGCCCCAACUGGCUGAGGACGUUCCUGUUGGUGGAGACAAAGACAUGGUCAACAACCUGAUCGACAAACACAAGGCCUUCCAAAAGGAGUUAGGGAAGCGAGCUGGAUGCAUCAGGACCCUGAAGCGCUCUGUGAGGGAUCUGACCAGGAGCAGCACAGCUGAUGCUCAUUGGCUGCAGGAGCAGAUGGAUGAGCUGGAGGGCCGCUGGGAGGCGGUGUGCAAACUGUCGGUCAGCAAGCAAGACAGACUGGAGGCUGCGCUUCAGCAGGCUGAAAAGUUUGAUGGCCUCGUCCACUCCUUCAUGGAGCGCCUCACUGAGGCAGAGAGGAUACUGAAAUAUGGAGUGAUACCAGAGGAGGAGGAAGGCUUGCUUGCUUUCCGCAAACAACACAAGGAAUCAAUGGGUGCCCUGCAGGCUCAGGUCAUGGAGUUACAGAACAUCCAGUGUCUGGGUGAGGAGAUCCUGGCCUCCUGUCACCCAGACUCAAUAAUCACCCUAAAGUCUUGGAUCAGUGUCACCAAGACCCGCUAUGAGGAGGUUCAGACCUGGGCUCAGCAGCAGGGCCAGAAGAUCCAGGCCAGCUUGGCAGCACUGGAGGCAGAGAGAGAGGAAGUCCAGAGGCUACUGGACUGGAUCUCCUCAGCAGAGGAAUCCCUCAACCUCAGAGACCACGAGCCUCCGCCGGAGACCACAGAGCAGAACCAAGAGCUGAUAGAGCAGCACACAAUAUUCAUGGAGGAGCUGAAUAAAAAGUUCCCAGAGGUUGAACAUGCCACAAAAUCCUGCAAACACAAGAGCAUUUCGAAACAGCACGUUUCCCCCAGCAAACGGCCACUCACAAAACGGAGGAGCACUCUGAAGCUGCAGCCUGCUGUACCGGUUCCCCUGGAGCACCUUGACCCCCAGACCCCAGAGCUCAGUCAGCUGGUCAGUCAGUGGCAGAAACUUUGGCUCCUGGCUGUGGCGAGACAAACCCGUCUGGAGCAACAACAGCAAACACUCAAAGAGAUGGAGGAAUUCGCAAACUUUGACUUCAAUAUUUGGCGAAAGCGUUACAUGCUGUGGAUUAGUCAUCUGAAGUCACGGAUCUUAGACGUGUUCCGCAGCAUCGACCGGGACCAGGAUGGACGCAUCAGCCAGAAGGAGUUUGUUGAUUAUGUCCUCGCCUCCAAAUUCCCCACCAACUCCCUGGAGAUGAACGCAGUGGCAAACAUCUUCGACAUGAACAGUGACGGCUUCAUUGACUACUAUGAGUUUGUGAGUGCCCUCCAUCCGAGCAGAGAUCCCUACAGGAGAACACUGGAUGCAGAUCAAAUCAACGAAGAGGUGAGUCGACAGGUAUCCCAGUGCAACUGUCCCAAGAGGUUCGAAGUGGAGCAAAUAAGUGCCAAUAGAUACAGGUUUGGAGAUUCCCAUCAGUUGCGGAUGGUUCGCAUCCUGCGUAGCACGUUGAUGGUCCGGGUGGGAGGAGGCUGGACCGCUCUAGAUGAGUUCCUGGUCAAGAAUGACCCGUGCAGAGUGAAAGGCCGGACCAACCUGAAGAUCAAGGAGAAGUACUUGUCUCCUGCAGGAAGCACUUCCAAGGGUUUGACCGUCAGCAGGUCCAACUCCAGCCUCAGCCUCUACAGCAGUGCCUCGGCCCCCACCAGCCCCAUGACACGCAAGGCAUUACUCCGCAGAAGUUUCUCAGGUGACCGCUGCAUCCGUCCCAGGAGCUCCAUUGCUGCUUUGGGAUCUGAUCUACAGUUUGUCACAACAGGGGACGAUAAUUCUCCCUCACCAUCAGACGAAGCUGCGAGGUUACCCACAUGAUUACCUCUGUCCUCUGAGAACCAUGCGUACGCUGCAGCGCUGAACCCAAACACAGCCUUGGGGCCCUGAAACAGAGUGAUAAGCAGAAGUAACGUGAUAAGAGGGCCCCAAAAAAAACAAUGCAGUCCCUGACAGAAGAAGUACAGAGGUGAUGGUAAAGUGUCUUUGAAACUAGAAAUGUUUGCGAGAAUCGUGCGCGCUCUGUGUGGACAAUGAGGAGGUCAGUGCAGAUGCGUGACAACGAUUCUUUUUGUCCCCUGUUGCAUUGCAUACAGUAGUAUCUGAUUGCGUAGAGAGUAGGAAUUGAAAAGUUCUGCAUGGAUGCUUAUUGCAUGACAGCCAGAGCCUUGCUUAAGUCAGAUUUAGUUUUUUUCUCCCCCAGCUUGUUAUUCUUUUUCGGUUAUAAAGAUGAGCAGACGGUACCUGAACCCAAGAAUAAUGCUCUGUCGCGGGCAGUAAUGUGGCGCAAGUGAUUUAAAAGUGACAUACAGCCAGAACACAUUUGUACAUGGUAUAUAUAUAUAAGGGUGUUGUACUGUCUGUCUGUCUACAAGCAUCCAAAAAACACAUAUACCAAAACCAUAAGUAUGUGAAGGGUACAGUAUGCUGUCCUUUAACUUUGUGAUAUUAGUUUUGUUUUUAUUUCAUUCCAUAAAGAUAACAUUGUUGGCAGGGCCACACUGUUUUUUGUUGUCUUUUACCUUUUUUGACACCAUGUUUUCAAAUAAUGAUGUAUUUUUUUUUAUUGUUUUUUACUGUAAGGAUGUUUUAAACACUGGAGAUUGCGUACUGAACAAUGCACUGAAGUACGACAGGUCAUUGUUGAUUUGUAGAGAUUAUUUUCUCAGGAUUGGUUUUUGCCUUUGGAUGUAUGUAUUUCUAUGGAACAUUACUGUGAAAAUGUAGAUGUGUUAUUUUCUUUAUAACAGUGUACUUCCUGGGAAAGUUUUGUUUAGCACAUUCUUUUCAUAAAAAUGCACUUUUUUUUCUGUGUCCUACUACUUUAGAUUUAGGUUAUUUUACAAAGUGGGAAAUCUGGCAGUUGUCGUGAGUAAGAGAAUUAAUUUUUCCAGAGAAUGCACCGGAGGUGAUAUGUGUGGGUUAACAGUGUAGUUCUUUCGUGAAAUCAACCUUUUUAGUUUCCUUUUGUCCCCUUUUCCAGCCUGUUUUACCAAAAGCAGUACAUUUAAAAUUUUCUGUAUUUCUGUCUUGAUGUUUUUCUUCUCUUACCUCCAAUCCAUUCAGCAAUUCUCACAACUGGCUGGAUUUUAUGACUCUACUUUAAAAGAUGUUUAAGAACCAUGUGAAACACUGCAUCUGUUUCCUUCAAGGUUUUCUCACGAACCCGAAGAUACCAAAAUGCAUCGUUUCAGCAAAAAAAGUACUGGAAUAUGUUAUCCCUGAGAGAGAAGCAACUGCAGCACCACCAUCAGUUUACAGCCGAUGCUGUUCAGUGUUGCACUGUGCCUUGCUUCCACUCUGGUUCUAUUAUAAAGCAGUUGAUACUUACAAUAUGUUCUCAGCAGUGUAAAGCUACUGUAUUUGUAUGUGUAUGUUUGUACUAGAUCUACCUGAGGUUGCAUUUGGUCUAUGCAGUUGUCAAAAAAUGAUUUUUUUAAAAGUCAAAAAUGUUUUUACAUGAUAAAGUACAUUUUCCUUGUUGAUGUUGGAGAAGGGUUAAAAUUUGACUGUACUGUAAAAAAAUACAUUAGCCAGAUUUUACUUCUAUUGCUAUGCACCCUAAUCUUUCUGUACUGUAAAUGUUUCUAUACCCAGCACUCAUUCUAAUGUCUAAUUUAGGUCAACUGUAGAUGAAUGUCACUAAUAAUUUUAUGUCCACUUGUACAAAACAAUCUUUUUGUAAUAAAAAUAAAAACAUU